GAGCUUUGGCGCGAAAUCUUCUGUUGUGUUGAACUGUGAAGCUAGCUACCAAAAGAGAGCUGAAGGUUAUCAAUACAUUUGGAAUAAAUAGCAAUGUCUCCGGUUUCUAAGCCAGAGAAGGACGUGGACAACCCGGACGGCGAGAAUGACUGCGGCCUGGCAGUGGGUCGCUCCAGGAGGGAGAAGAAGGAGAAGACAGGGAGGAAGUCAGCUCUGGAACAGCUCAAGAGAGCCAAGAAGGGAGAGAAAGUCAAAUAUGAGGUGGAGGAUUUGACCAGUGUUUAUGAGGAAGUGGACGAAGAGCAGUACUCUCGGAUGGUGAGAGAAAGGCAGGAUGAUGACUGGAUCAUUGAUGAUGAUGGCACAGGGUAUGUGGAGGAUGGGAGAGAAAUCUUUGAUGAGGAUUUGGCGGAUGAUGUGUUAGAGAAAUGUGCCAAAGGUAAAGCGGGCGCUAAGGGAGCAGACUCUAAGAAUAACAUUAAGAAGGCAGCGGUGGCCAAACCCAACAGCAUCAAAAAUCUCUUCAUGAACAGCAACGUCAAGAAACCUGCUGAGAAAGAUGUGGACCUGUCCAAAGAUGACCUACUAGGGGACAUUCUACAGGACCUGCACUCUGAGAGGCCGUCUCCCCUGACUCCUCCGGUCGUCACUCUGAAGAAGAAGAAGGCCCUCAGAACUACCAUGAACCCCUUCUCCAUCAAAACCCAACCCCCUAAGGAGUCUCCCUCUGCCCAGGGUUCAAAGGUGAAACACCCUCCUCCUGGUGAGCUGACUCCCCGGGUGCCCUCCCGCCUCCCCACCUCCAGGCCCUCUGUCCUCGUGGAGAAGAAGAGGGUGAAGGUGGAAGAAAUUGAGGAGGAGGACAACUCUUUGCAGUUUGACGGGGUGGACUUUGACGAACCCAUGGAGGUGGGGCUUGAUCGGGAAAAGGAGGGGCCUGUAAAUGAAGAGGAGGAGCCAGAGACCAAACCAGCUGUUAAAGUGGAACCCAAAGCAGAACCACAGGACCUGGUCCUACUGAGGGGCAAGCUGGGGGGGUCUUGGGAUCAGGAGGAGGGGGACAGUGAGGCCCCCGUGGAGGUGCAAGUCGACCCCAGCCGUCUCCCGUUGGCCGAGGGGCCAGAGGGAGAGCUCAUGUUCCGCUUCUAUUGGCUGGAUGCCUUCGAGGACCAAUACAGCCAACCAGGUGUGGUGUACCUAUUUGGUAAGGUGUGGAUCGAGUCAGCCAAGGCCCACGUCAGCUGCUGUGUGUCAGUGAAGAACAUCGAGAGGACCAUGCACUUCCUGCCCCGCGAACGCAAGUUGAACCCAAAGACAGGCGAGGAGACAGACACUCCGGUGGGGAUGAUGGACGUCUACCAGGAGGUCAAUGACCUCUCUGAGAAGUUUAAGAUCAUGAAGUUCAAGUCCAAGAAAGUGGAGAAGAGCUACGCCUUUGAGAUCGCUGACGUCCCUACAGAGUCAGAGUACUUGGAAGUCAGAUACUCUGCUGAGUAUCCGUCUCUGCCCUCGGACCUCAAGGGGGCGACUUUCUCCAAGGUGUUUGGAACCAACACCUCCAGCAUGGAACACUUCCUCCUCAGCAGGAAGAUCAAAGGACCCUGCUGGCUGGACAUCAAGACCCCACAGUUGAGCAGCGUGCCUGUGAGCUGGUGUAAGGUGGAAGCAGUGGCGAUGCGUAGUGACCUGGUCACCGUGGUCAAAGACCUGCCGCCUCCACCUCUCACUGUCAUGUCCAUCAGCCUGAAGACUGUACAGAACCCCAAGACACACCACAACGAGAUUGUGUCCCUGGCUGCCCUGGUCCACCACAGGUUCCACCUGGACAAGGCCCCCCCUCAACCCCCCUACCAGACACACUUCUGUGUGGUCAGUAAACCCAAUGACUGUAUCUUCCCCUAUGACUUCAUGGAUGCCGUAAAGAAGAAGAAUGGUAAGGUGGAGAUAGCGGCCACUGAGAGAACUCUACUGGGAUUCUUCCUGGCCAAGAUGCACAAGCUUGACCCUGACAUCGUGGUGGGUCAUGAUAUAUUUGGCUUUGACCUGGAAGUGCUCCUUCAGAGAAUCACUGUGUGUAAGGUCCCCCACUGGUCCAAGAUCGGACGCCUCAAGAGGUCCAACAUGCCCAAACUAGGGGGUCGCAGUGGCUUUGCAGAGAAGAGCGCCACCUGUGGCCGUCUGGUGUGUGACGUUGAGAUCUCAGCCAAGGAGCUGAUUCGCUGUAAGAGUUACCACCUGACUGAGCUGGCUGCUCAGGUGCUGAAGACUGAGCGAGCCACUAUACCUGCUGAGAACAUCAAAAACCUCUACAGUGACUCCCCCCACCUGUUGUACCUGUUGGAGUUGACAUGGACGGAUGCCAAGCUGAUCCUCCAGAUCAUGUGUGAGCUCAACGUGCUGCCUCUCGCCCUGCAGAUCACAAACAUAGCAGGCAACGUACUGUCUCGUACUCUGAUGGGGGGUCGUUCUGAAAGGAAUGAGUAUCUACUGCUCCAUGCCUUCCAUGACAAGAACUACAUCGUACCUGACAAACCCUCCUUCAAGAAGGCCCAACAAGAACUGGGAGAGGAGGAGGGGGAUUCUGGGAAAGGGAAGAGUAGAAGAAAGAAAGCAGCAUAUGCAGGUGGACUGGUACUGGACCCCAAAGUGGGUUUCUAUGAUAAGUUUGUGUUGCUGCUGGACUUCAACAGUCUGUACCCGUCCAUCAUUCAAGAGUUCAACAUCUGCUUCACCACCGUACAGAGAGAGGCCCACAGCACACGCAAGAAGACUGAGGAGCAUGACCCUGAUGAGAUUCCAGAGGUUCCGGACGCCGACCUGGAGAUGGGAAUUCUGCCCAAAGAGAUUCGCAAGCUGGUGGAACGACGUAAACAAGUGAAACAGCUGAUGAAAGCACAAGACAUCAACCCUGACCUUUACCUGCAGUAUGACAUCCGUCAGAAGGCUCUGAAGCUGACGGCUAACAGUAUGUACGGCUGUCUGGGCUUUAGUUUCAGCCGCUUCUACGCCAAGCCACUGGCCGCGCUCGUCACACACAAGGGCAGAGAGAUCCUGAUGCACACCAAAGACAUGGUUCAGAAGAUGAACCUGGAAGUGAUCUACGGCGACACAGACUCCAUCAUGAUCAACACCAACAGCUCCAGUCUGGAGGAGGUCUACAAACUAGGAAACAAGGUGAAAGCUGAGGUGAACAAGCUCUACAAGCUCCUGGAGAUUGACAUCGACGGGGUGUUCAAGUCUUUGCUGCUGCUGAAGAAGAAGAAGUACGCCGCCCUGGUGGUUGAGCCGCUGGGGGAUGGCCGCUACAGCACCAAGCAGGAACUCAAGGGGCUGGACAUCGUAAGAAGGGACUGGUGUGACCUCGCCAAGGAGUGUGGCAACUAUGUGAUUGGUCAAAUCCUGUCGGACCAGAACCGUGAUGUCAUCGUCGAGAACAUCCAGCGUCACCUUGUGGAGUUGGGAGAGAAGGUUGCUAACGGAACCAUCCCGCUCAACCAGUAUGAGAUACACAAGGCCCUGACUAAGGACCCCCAGGACUACCCAGACAAGAAGUCUCUUCCUCAUGUUCACGUGGCUCUGUGGAUCAACUCUCAGAGCGGACGAAGGGUUAAAGCUGGAGACACAGUCUCCUACAUCAUCUGCCAGGAUGGCUCUACAUUGGCAGCCAGUCAGAGGGCCUACGCGUUGGAGCAGCUCCAGAAGCAGGCCGGGCUGAGCCUGGACACCCAGUACUACCUUGCCCAGCAGGUGCACCCCGUGGUGGGCAGGAUCUGUGAGCCCAUCGAGGGUAUCGACGGGGUCCUCAUCGCUACAUGGCUGGGUCUGGACCCCAGUCAGUUCCGGGCCCAGCAGCAGGCGCAGAGAGAGGAGGAGGGAGAUGGGUUCCUAGGAGCUCCGGUCCAACUCACUGAUGAGGAGAAAUAUAAAGACUGUGAACGCUUCACAUUCACCUGCCCUCUCUGUACCACUGAUAACGUCUACGACAAUGUGUUUGAGGGAGCGGGUACGAUGGUGGAGGCGGCUCUGCUGCGAUGCUGCAACCCGACCUGUGGGGGGCGUCCUCUGGACUACCCCACACACAUCAGCAACAAGCUGCUACUGGACAUCCGCAAGCACAUCAGGAAAUACUACAGCGGUUGGUUGGUGUGUGAGGACCAGGCCUGUCAGAACCGAACUAGGAGGCUGCCUAUCUCCUUCUCCAGAUCUGGACCCAUCUGUCCUGCCUGCACCCGCUCUACACUCAAACCAGAGUACUCUGAGAAAGCCCUGUACACCCAGCUGUGCUACUACAGGUUCAUCUUCGACUGGGAGUACGCUUUCACCAAAGUACUACAGAGCGACGAGAGAAUAAGGGUUAAGAAAUUAUGGAAGACAGAGAUGGAGGUCUACAGGAAGUUAAAAGAUGUUCCAGACCGCUCCCUCCUUGCCAGCGGUUACUCUGAGGUCAACCUCUCCAAACUCUUCCAAGCCUUCACUUCCCUCAAGUAAAUCCUGCGUCAACUCCUUCACAGUUAUUGGCCAGUGGGGAUUUAAUGACUUACAGCUGUGGAGUCCUAUAAGCAUGCACGUUUGGGCAGUGAAGGCCCCCACCUCCUCUGGAUGUGACUAUCAUUAUGGAUGUGACUUGGUUUACCGAAAAGAAAUUGGUUUUCUUAGACAACAUAUUUCUUGGUGACUGUCAUCCCUCAUGUUGCAUGGGUGUUAAGGCAUAGAAUGAUUCUGGUAAUGCUUGUUGUACAUGUUGCUUGUGUGUUUGAUGAAGUUGUUGACCCUUGGCUCUUGAUGCCUUUUCUUUGUAUGUAUGAUAAUUUUACUACAUUUGAGUGAGAUUAGGAGGACGGAGUGUAUAGGGUCUUUGUAUGAAAUUAGGCCUUGAUUUACAUAGUGAGGUGUGUGUGAAAGAUUACAGCCAGUCGGUGUGACCCUUGCGCUCAUAUCAGCACAUCUGUCUCUUAUCAACCCAUUAUGAUUGGCUGCUGAGAUGGGGCUAAAGACCCUCUACUCCCCCCACACACUGUCGAACACACACUCUGUGACCUAGUCACACUUUUGGGGGGGGGGGUGGUGGGUGACAAUCAGCUAAACGAGACACCAGAGGAUGGCUGGGUGAGGGGGGCAGAUGACUUCUCACCACACACACAGUCUCACACACACGGAAUUAGCCAAUGAUACAAGCCCUGGCCAGUGAGUAUACUGGACUCCUGCCGUGAUUGGACACUUGUUAAAAUUACCCCCAUUCAUUUUUGUGUGUGUGUGUGUGUGUGUGUGUGUGUGUGUGUGUGUGUGUGUGUGUGUGUGUGUGUGUGUGUGUGUGUGUGUGUGUGUGUGUGUGUGUGUGUGUGUGUGUGUGUGUGUGUGUGUGUGUGUGUGUGUGUGUGUGCGGGAUGGACUGAGUGAGAGAGGAUGGGUGGUGAAAUAGAUGGGGUGAGGGAGGGCAGGAGUUGUGUUCUUUAAUGUCCGUAUUGAACAGGUGUUGUCGCUCUCCAACCUUCCUCUGUUUAAGUGAUGUCAUUGGAAUGGCCUCCUUCACACAUUCCUUUUCUGUUGCUAUGAAAAUUGGCUUUUUAAUGUGUGUAAUUGUCCACUAUUUCUCAUUCUGAAUGUUGUAUUUUUUUUAGAUUCAUAAUCUUCUGUUUAGAUACGGAAAGUGUUUUGUACAACAUUUGAUACUGAAGCUUAAAUAAAAGUGAAAUAACUAAAUGAAAA